AUGCUGACGACGUGGUCGGCUAACCAAUCGACAGAGGACGCUGACGAGAUCCUCUACAAUGAGCCGUCGCUCGCAGGUUUCUCCCUCCACCGCAACCUGCGCGCGAUCGUGCCUGCGCGUCUUUCGCCCGAGACGCACGAGACCGAGCUUCUUGCGCACUUCCCGCGCCUUUUCGUGCUCUUGCACCGCCCGCUGGUCGUGCACGGCGCGCGCAAGGACGCC